UGCCUCUUUCGAAAUAGCCUGAUUUCAGUUUUUCGCUCGUUCUUUUCCGGUUGUGUAUAAAUUCUUCAGGCAAGAGAGGAAAUUCCUUCUGCUGCAUUUGCCUUGUCGUCAGUAAGCGAGAGUGACUUACACGUGGUCCUCCCGCUCGCCCGCUCGCUUUGCACGAAGUAGUCGUCCAUGAUUACCGGAAAGCCUCCUGCCCCUCUUCAGCCUGGAGGAGAAGGUCUGGCGGGCCAGUCGCCAGCUUUGUGACACCUGAAGGAUGUGACGAUAUCGGACAGACAGGUUCAAACAGAUCGGGUGGUCCGUGCGGUGUGUUGCUGUAGGCGCUGGCACCCUGAUUCCAGCCACAGCAGCCAGUGCCCCAGGGGAAGACUUUGAAGGCGUGUCACGUGGAUUGGACAGAGGUUUGCCGGCGAAACUUUGUGUUGGCUGCGGCCUGACAGAUGGCAGCUGGAGUGUUACUUCUGAUCCUCUGAUGUCCUUCUGAUGUUGCCACUGUACGCAUUAGUGUCAGUUUGUCUGACCUCUGGCUCCCCACAGUGAGUUCAUCUGAGUAGACGAAAGAGCGACUGGGCCCGUCACUAGCUGAGGUUUCAGAGAAACAUUGAAAGCUGUGUCACAAUUUUAAAGCAUUGAAGAGACUCAUUUUAAACAUCCUAGUUGACCUGAAGAUUCUCAGCAGUGUCUAGAUAACAAAAAAGCACAACAGCAAAUGUCACUUUUAAUCUCCAAAAAAUCGGAUUUGUAGAGUGUAUUAUGAACGAAUAUAUCGCCCUAUGGAAAUACUACAACCUUUUGCAGGACAAAGUGUUUGUCCAAGAAGCAUGAAGCUAAGACAGUUCCGCUGUUCUUGUGAGUUGCUUUAGGAUUUUCUAUCAAUCCAUCUAAAGACGGACUGGUUACUUGAAAUGCCAGUCUCAUCAUGGUCCCUGUGCUGUUGUGUGAAGAAACUUCACUCGGAAGCUAGUCAGCAGGGCGUCAGGAAUGAAGGACCCAGACCCUUAUCUUCUGGAGAUGCUUGACGCUGGAGGACUGGAAUCGAAGAACUUCUCCAUCAACGAUUUUCUGAAAGUCUAUCUGGAGUACUCGCAAAACGACCACUGGUUCAGCCAGUCGAGAGAGAUGUCGCUCAUCUCCAGCUUCGUCGUCCUCAUCGUCCUCGGAAUCGUCAGCAACGGGCUCGUCUGCUUCAUCAUCGUCAGAAACGGCAUUCGCAAGUCCAGCCGCAACCUGUACAUCAUGAACCUGGCAAUCUCGGACAUCCUCACCUGCGUAUUGUGUAAACCGUUGUCCGUGGUGCGCCUGGUGCUCAAGAACUGGACGCUGGGCGAAGCCCUCUGCCGGCUGGUGCCGUCGCUGCAGACUAUUUACGUCUUCGUGUCGACCCUGACGCUGGUGGCGUUGGCCGUCGACCGUUAUCGAGCCAUCACCAACAACGGCAACAGCAUCCGCUCGCGGCUGUCACCCUGUUACGGCCUCGCUUUCAUCUGGAUCGUCUCCGUUGCCAUCGCCGCGCCCUUGUUCGCUGUGCACCACGUGGAGGAGGUCAAAGGUUUCAAUGGCUACGUCAUGUACAAUCUGUGUCUGGAACAGUGGCGCUCGCCAGUCUCGCUGACCAUCUACACGGUCAUCGUCCUUCUUCUGCAGUACCUCUCCCCUCUCCUCGCCAUCGUUACCCUUCAUCUUCUCAUCGGCAGCUUUCUGCGCAUGCACAUCACGGAUGGGCCCUACCGCCUCCCGGAUCUGCAUCUCCGUCGAAAGCGGUGCCGACAUCGAAAAAACAUGAUUUUGUUGACGAGCAUGGCGGCGGCAUUUGCUGUUGCAUGGCUGCCCUUAAACCUCGUCAAUACACUCGCCACCAUUUACCCUGAGGUUUUUCAAGGCAUUGAUUUUCCUUUCAUCCACGCCCUGUGCAUUCUUGUGUCCUUCACCUCAGUCUGUAUCAACCCUGUCAUCUACGGGCUGCUGAACACAAAUUUCAAGAGGGAUUUGCGGGGAAUAUGUAAGCCACCGGAGCCGAGGUGCAGUCCUACCUACUGUCGAUGUUUGAGAGGCAACAGCAGGACCUUAGAGCAGUGUGGUCUCAUCUCGGGACUCCCUCAAGAACUUUCCAACUCUACGAACAAUAAGUUUCGGGAUGUGAUUACUUCGGUGUAGACUGGAAGCUGUGGAGAGAGGUGUUGAUGAGAUCAGAAAAGAACAGCAAGGAACUCUUUUGUUCAGAAAGGAAACAACUUGGUGCUUUGUUGACAACAGGUCAACGAACAUGUUUCCGUUGGAACUGUCGGUGGCUGGAGUUUGACCAAGACAUGCAGCUUUCUCUUUCUCUCUACAUUGUUUUUGUUAUGGUAUAAUUUAUUUGUUAAUCCCUCGGUUGUGACUUGGGCGAGGUUGAAUGAGAUGUACCAUGCUUUCAUGAUCUUUAACGAUUACCACGUGUUUGCUCAAAUUUAUGUGAUAUUACCCAGUGGUAAUAAAUCUUGAAUCCAAUGAAAACAGAUGAUAAUGAAGGAAUGAUAAUAUUUACAAGCACAUACCUCCACAUACAGCUUCAAAAUGGAAUAUAAUACUUUGUUUCUGCAUUUAUCUGAAAAUUAGAAUAGAAUUAUCGAAUUACGGUCUAUAAAUAUAUGCUUGUACUCAGGGACACUACUCGUUUAAUAAAUUGUUGAUAUAUUCCUUCGAGGCAGCUGACAUUUUGGAAGCUUCAUUGAAAUAUAAGAGAAAGAAAAGCAGCUUUGAUGACAGACACAAGUUAUGUUGAUUAGUAUGUUGAGAAGAAGCUGUCCUGGUUUCUAUGCCUCAGUAUUUUUCCAUCCGUGCUUGGAGGAUGAGUUAGAAGUUCAGCUGAAUGGUAAUUAAAGGUUUGCCAGGGAACAAAAUUUUGGAAAAAUAUACACUCCUGCAGAUCCCCAGCAAAGCAAGUAUAUGGAGUGGAGUUUUCAUGUCACGUGAUUCAGUCUUCCACCAGUUUUUUGAAGAUUUUUCACGAAUAUAAUCCACUUUAUCUCAGUUUCUGCGUGCCAUCGUUCAGUUUUCAGUUUCGAUAUCGACAAAAUGAUGUCUGACACGCUCCUACCGCUGUUGGGCAACUUUUGGGUUCUAAACAUGUGACAAAAAUUUAAUAUUAAAAAUAUUGCUUAAAUCUUUCCCUCCUGCUCUUAUUUCUCCUAUUGUUAUGAAGAUUGUCCCGUUACAGAUCAUGUAUGCUUUAAAGGUGCAUCUAGGGUAGGUGCAGUGUAAUCAGAGGUCCCUAGGCACUUAAUUAAGGUUUUAGAAAAACCUAUCAACAUCGUAUGAUCCCUAAAAUCCUGAUUACGAUGCGAGUUUUCUUGUUCCACGAAUUACAUUCCUUAAUCAUCUCUCCUUGAAGUCAUUCCUAAAAGGCAUGAGUCCAGAAACAGCAUGGGGUUAAUCCGAGGAAAAGAAUUUAUUUUCAAUUUAUUGCUUUGUUUCAGGUGCUUUUCGCUGGCCUGCUGCAAGCCCACUAAGUAAUUAAGCUUUUAAAACAGUUUUCUACUUUCUUUAUGAUACAAUCAUCUUUAUGAUACAACUCUGGCUUCGUUUGAAUAGUUGCGACAGACAAAAUCCGGAAAAUACUUUUAAUAAAAUGCUAUCUGAAUAGGUUUUAGGAGGAUGUUUCCCAUAUUCUACUUUCUUCGGACACUUAAUAUUUUCUAUGAAAUUUGCAUUAACGAUAAGAAUUUUGAAUGGCGUUGCUUCCUUUUACAGAAAAUAGUGAUUAUUUUGCAUUUGUAUGUAUCCAUACAUAUCUUCAUCUGGCAGCGCAUUCAUCUAUUUAUCCAUCCCUCAUACAAUAGAGACAUUGUCUCUUUCUCCGCAAACAGUUUUUUUUUUUAUUAUUUUCCUCCGUUCUAGUUUGUAUAGACUGCGACUGAAUGCUUCUAUUGCCGAGUCGCAUUUUUUAAGUUCAUAUUUUUAUGUAAAUGGCACGCAGAAUAUGUCUUCGCUAACUUCAGAGAGAUAAAAUAAAAUGGCUAAUAUUUCAAAGAUCUCAGUUUUGAGCUGAUGUUGUUAGAUACCUAUGUAAUUCAAUGUACAUGCCUUCUUUGUUAUAAGUGACUUGUAACUAAAUAAAUUUACA